UACAGUAUUUACAUUUCUAAGAAAAAUCUUGGAAACAUGGCGACUCUCUUCACUGCGACGGUUCCUUCUCACCACCGUUUUGUCUCACCUUCUCAACACCCGAAACAGAGCCUUCCAUCGCAGUCGCUAAGCGUUACUUUAAUGCGGAAUCCGGAACCCGCGGCGGCGUUCACAUUGCAGGAACAGCAGUUGACGGAUUGGAUGGCUUCUCCGGUGACGCGACGGUUCGGAAUCGGUGCCGGAUUAACCUGGUCUGGGUUUCUAGCUUUUGGUGUUGUCUCUGAGCAGAUGAAGAAGUCACCACUCGAUGUGUUCCAGGAAGAAGAUAGCACAAGAGGUUUAGAAAAGCAAGAAGAGAUCAUCUUACCAAACGGCAUAAGGUACUAUGAUCUACAAGCCGGAAGUGGAGCUACUCCAAGCUCAGGAUACUUGGUAGUGUUUGAUGUAAAGGGACAAGUAUAUGGAACCGAACAAGUGUUUGUGGACACAUUUGGAAGCAAAGACAAGAAGAAGUCACUAGCGAUGGUAAUGGACUCAAGACCAUAUAGCAAAGGAGUAUGCGAAGGCAUAGAGUACGUUCUGAGGUCAAUGAAGGCUGGUGGAAAACGUAGAGUGAUCAUCCCACCAUCCUUAGGAUUUGGAAACAAGAAUGUUGAUUUUGGACCGGGUUUGCAGAUUCCUCCAUCUGCAACACUUGACUAUAUCAUCGAGGUUGAUACAGUUUAUUGUUUCCAAACUAUUGUAUGAGAUAUUUUGAAGGCAUAUAAAUGUAUAAAGUUUCACACUUUUUCGUAGUU